AAACAUCAGCUUGAUGCUGUUUGAAGGGGGUGGCAGGAGUUAGGGAUUGGGAGACUGGAGGAAAGCCAAAGAUUUGGGGCCCUAGGCUCUGCCCCAGAUUCCAUAGGGAAUGCUCCCUAGAAGGUCCAAGGAAGGUCACUUCGGUCUCCACCAGGGAUGUCAGAAGGGAAUGAGCUGGAGCGAGCAGUAGGGUGUCCAGUCCAUCUCCACAGCCUGCCAGCAUCUCUGGCAUCUUCUUCCCAUCCCAGCAGCCAUUUUGCAGAAUAGAUUGUGGUCUCCGAUAUUUGUUACAGCAGCCAGAGCUGACUGAGGCAGAUGGGAAUGCCUGACUCAGCCCAUCUGACACCCACAAAACCUGAGGAGGUGGAUCAUAUUCCUGUCUUCUUCUUUCACAUGUUCCUUGUGGGGCUGAGCUGCUUGCCAUGGUGACCAGCUGGCCCAAAGAGACGGAGAGCCGAGGCAUUGUGGAUAGCCUGCAGAGGUUUUCCUCGCUCCCUGCCUAUCUGCCCACAAGCUUCCACAUUGCUGAUGCAGAGGAGGCCUUCUUCCUUAAAGAAGCCAACCAGGACGUCACAAGGAACUCCAGUCUGCAGGCCCGGGUGGAGUCCUUCUUUAUCUACCGGGCCAGGAACCCCCCAACCAUCAAUGCCAGCUAUGGCCCAUUUUCAGCAGAGAAGACAAUCCCCCAGGAGUUCAUGUUGACUUCUGCAUCCUUUGGAAACAUGGAGAAGUUUCCGUUCAACUGGAAGCUGAAAUCCCACAUCCUUGACAGCUCCAUCUACUCCAACAGACCCAAAGUGCAGACCUUGUUUUACAUCACGGGGAUGGACUGGGACGACAGUGACCCUGAGGAAAACCUACCGUGCGUCAAGAUGUUUGCUUUCCCUGAGGCCAGGGAGGUGGCUGCCAGCUGUCGGCUACGAGGGGAUCCAGGGCUGUGUGUGGCUGAGCUGGAGCUGCUGCCCGAGUGGUUCAGCUCGGGGCUGGACCUAGAGCCUGAGGAGGAGAUCCCGGCCCUGCUGGGGGGCACUGCCAUGGAGCUCUUCUUCACGCUCUACCCGGCUGACCAGGCUGGCCAGUGUCCACUGGAGGAGGAUGGCAAGUGGGAGAACAACAUCCACUCAGGCCAGGACAGCCCCCAGCAGGUGUCUCCACCCCGGGAAAGGAUUGGGAGUGUGGUAGUCUACCCGACUCAAGACGAUCUGAAGUGGUCGCUGGUGAACCUGGAUGAGAACGUGGUCAUCUCAGUACCCCUGAACCUUGUCCGGGAAGGGGACACGGCCACCUUUCUGGUCUCUCUGGCCAGCGGCUCUAUGGCAGACCACUUCACUCUGAGAAUUAAGGCAGCAGCAGGUGUGAAAAUAUCGGCCGUGCGAGUCAGCAGCGAGCAGCAGUGGGCAGUCCAGGAGGACAUAGACGGCAGUGGCGAGCAGAUGACAGCUACCCUAACCUGUGUGGGCCACCACCCCGACACGCAGAGCAGGGUAAAUGGCUCCUUCUAUGAGAUCUUGCAAGUGGACUUUGGGAUUGACAACAGCAGCGGUCUGGCCGGGGCCCAGCCCAUUACCUGGCAGGUGGAAUACCCGGUGGAGGACUCCAUGAGUGAGCUGGCCGUCUCUGAGAUCUUUGUCAGCCAGACAUCCUUUGUGGGCAUCGUUCCUCUUGCAAUGGACACGGAGGUGCUGAACACAGCUGUCCUCACCGGGAAGGCCGUGUCGGUUCCUGUCAAGGUCGUGGGCAUUCAGGAGGACGGCUCCGUGGUGGACGUGUCAGAGGCUGUGGAGUGCAGGUCUGCGGACGAAGAUGUUGUGAAGGUUUCCAACCACUGCGAUUCCAUCUUUGUGAACGGGAAGGAAAUGAAGAGCAAAGUGGACACGACCGUGAACUUCACACACCAGCAUUUCACUUCCCAGCUAGAGGUCACUGUCUGGGCACCCAGACUCCCCCUGCAGAUUGAGAUCUCGGACACUGAGCUGAGCCAGAUCAAGGGGUGGAGGAUCCCCGUGGCCUCCAACAGAAGGCCCACCCGAGACAGCGAGGACGAGGAGGACGAGGAGAAGAAGGGGAGGGGGUGCUCCCUGCAGUACCAGCACGCCACAGUGCGUGUCCUCACACAGUUCGUGGCCGAGGCGCCUGACUUGGGUCAGCUGAGCUACAUGCUGGGCCCCGACUGGCAGUUUGACAUCACCGACCUCGUAGCAGAUUUCAUGAAGGUGGAGGAGCCCAGGAUCGCGCAGCUGCAGGGUGGCAGGACCCUGGUGGGCCGGGAGCCAGGGAUAACCACCGUGCAGGUGCUCUCACCUCUCUCCGACUCCAUCCUGGCUGAGAAGACAGUGAUCGUCCUAGAUGACCGCGUCACCAUUGCAGACCUGGGCGUGCAGCUGGUGGCCGGCUUGUCUCUUGCCCUGCAGCCUCACAGAGCGGACAAAAGAGCCAUCGUCUCCACGGUGUCUGCCCAGGACGUUCUCACAGCCCCGCAGCAGGAAGCAAUAGUCAGUUCUUGGAUUUUAUUCAGUGAUGGUUCGGUGACACCCUUAGACAUUUAUGAUCCCAAGGAUUUUUCAGUUACUGUGUCAUCAUUGGAUGAAAUGGUGGUGUCUGUCCAGGCAAACCUUCAGUCCAGAUGGCCAGUUGUGGUCGCACAGGGUGAAGGGCAAGGGCCCUUGAUUAAAUUAGAAAUGAUGAUUAGCGAGCCCUGUCAGAAGACCAAGAGGAAGAGUGUUCUUGCCGUGGGUAAAGGAAAUGUCAAAGUCAGAUUUGAACCAAAUAUUGAUGAGCACCAAGGAGGCACCAACGAUAUUGAGGGUCUCCGUCGGGAAUACAAAGACCACCUCAGUAAUUCCAUAGAGCGUGAGGGAAACCAGGAGAGAGCAGUCCAGGAGUGGUUCCAACAUGGUGCCUCCGUUGGCCAAGAAGAACGUGGCAACAAAAGCACAACCCCACAGUCUCCCUUGGAAGGAAAAGAUAAGAAGUUGCUCAAGAGUGGCAGUCCAGACACCUUCACAAGCUUCCCCACUCCGGGGAAGUUACCGGAAGCCAACAAUCCCAGUGACCUGACCGUGACCUCAAGGGGGUUAACUGACCUGGAGAUUGGCAUGUACGCCCUGCUCUGUGUCUUCUGCCUGGCCAUUCUGGUCUUCUUAAUCAACUGUGUGGCAUUUGCUUGGAAAUACAGACACAAAAGAUUCGCCGUGAGCGAGCAAGGCAACAUCCCCCAUUCCCAUGACUGGGUCUGGCUGGGGAACGAGGUGGAACUUCUGGAGAACCCUGUGGACAUCACCCUCCCGUCGGAGGAGUGCACAACCAUGCUAGACAGAGGCCUGCAGUUCGAGGAAAGGAACUUCCUUCUCAAUGGCGGUUCCCAGAAGACUUUCCAUAGUCAGCUGCUCAGGCCCUCUGACUAUGUCUAUGAGAAAGACAUGAAAAGUGAGCCUCUAAAUCCAUCGGGCCCCAAGCGGAAGAGAGUCAAGUUCACUUCCUACACCACUAUCCUCCCGGAGGACGGCGGCCCGUACACCAACUCCAUCCUGUUCGACAGUGAGGACAACAUCAAGUGGGUCUGUCAGGACACGGGGCUGGGGGGCCCCCGGGACCUAAGAGACUAUAUGGAGAGGCUGCAAGACCACAUGUGAACUUUCUUACGUUUGUAUUCACCUUUAUGCCUUCUGUUUUUUGAACGGUGGAGCAGUGAGUUUGUUCAGCAAUAGGGGAUGAUUUAACAAAGCUUAAUUUGUGGCGGUCUGGGGGGGAUCCCUUUCUGAGCAGGUGUCAGAGGCCUGGAGGGCUAUCGCGGCUGGGCUAUAAGCCGGGAGAUGUCUCUAAAGCAGCCACAUGUAGACCCUGGAGAAAUUCUAAAAUGACAGUUGUGUCUGCUGCCUGGUACUAGCUUGGUUCAAAUAUGCUAAACCUGACCCCACAGACACUGUUAGUCAUCUCGCGACAAACGGCUGUGUGGAAUUAGAAAAGGCUCGGGUGUUGGUUUUUCUAUUCCUAGAACUUUUAAAGCACAGUGGACAUUCCUUGCCCUUGGCCUGAGACUGGACGUACGUGAAAGAUGCUGAAUGUAGCCGCCCUCAUUUGUUACGAGGCUGCUCAUUAUUUUUAUACACAUUUGCACCUGCACCUGGUUCCUUUGGCCUCUGCAAUUCUUUUUUGAAACAUGAAGAAAAGCAAUCGCGGUCUCCUCUCUGAGCUGUUUGAUUUACACAUGAGUUUUAGUCACUGACAUUUGCCGCGUCCACGCAGGACGUCAGGUGUUCUCUGGUUGCCCACGUUCCUUACCUGAGGGGCAAUGUCUGAGAAGCUUAUCCUCACGCUGUCCUUCCUUCUCUUUGUUGUGGAACCUCCUUGUAUCAGCCUGGGACAUGGGAUUUUACAUAAAAUAUUAAUCUACUGCGAGGGAGGGCCAUCUUUACAGUUUUCUAUACGACGCUUACAAACUCUGGUGACCACUUGUCAACCACAUUUGUUUUUAUCUUCUGCUUGUGGAAGAUUUGUGGGGAACUCCUGGAGUGUGUUUCUAAGGGCAGAAAGACCCUGAGAUAGUCAUGUUUAUACUGGUGCUUUCUGGUCAACACAAUUUGUUAUCCAAACUGAGAUAAAAAUUUUAAAUUAAUUAUACACAGAAAGGAAAUUGUGUAGGAAAUACAGAUUACACUCCCAUUUUACCAGAGCAAAAAAAAAAAUUUUUUUGAAAGUAAGUAAAAUGAUGUUUCAACUUAGCAAUAUGUAAAAAUCCAUCCAUAUAAUUACGUCCCCCAUCCCUCUCCCCGCCCCUGCAAAAAUCAUCCAUCCUGACUCUGGCAGAGCUAAAACCUACACAGAGUGUGCUCUGAUGGAGAAAAGAAUGGGUUUGCUUACAAGUUUCAUAAAAUAAAUGACUUUGAGGGUUUAAGAAGUAGAUAUGUAGGAAAACUAUAGCUGUCGGAAAGUCAGAGUGGCAACAGGAAAAAAAGCAUGACCCUCUGCAUAAUUUUUUAAAAAGUGUUUUCAAAGAAUAGUAGGCAUGGUUUCAAGCAAAGCAACAAUUUCAGAUUAGGGGAGAACAUAACGCCAUUUGGUUAAGAUGGGAUGACUGGGAAAACGGGCAUGGGACUAGCCUACCUAUUCCAUCUGCAUCUCUAAGACAUAGAAAUGUAAAGACCAGAGUCACGAAGACCUGCAGGACGGGCAAGGAAGUGGUUUCCUGACCCCACCCGGCUGAUGGGUGAGCUCUGAGAGGCAUUUAGUUGUGUGGCUUCCUGUGCACGGGAGCAUGACAACUCCGCCUCCUCUGGCCACCACGUGGCAGCCACGUUCUACCUGUGUCUCUUGCCGACAGGACUGCGGUGGGUUUAUAAACAAUGCAUGAAUCACCAGGGAUGGAGGCCUGAUCUCGAGAGGCCAGUGUCCAGUCAAUCUUGUGUUUAAGGUGGGAGUUUAGGGCUGUGGCCAGUGACGUUUCAAAAAUCUUUCAAUGUGAUGGAUGAAGGAAGUCAGGAGACCCGGGCGUUGGCUUCAGAGGGAGUUCGCAAAAAGAAGGCUGACGCCUGGCAGGAGGAGUGCCCCGGGGAGCCAGAGGAGACUGCGCUGCUCACCGCACCCAAGGAUUCGGUGCCAGCCAGGGAGUCUGAAGGGAAGGGCCACACAGCUAUCCAAUGAGUCCCGCUCCUUCUGCAAGAUGUUCUCAAUUUUCUCUCCCUUUGGAUCUUCAGCAUUCCGAAAUAACAGGAACUUUGUGUCUGAAACUGAGAAACCUCAGCUGGUAUAGGGGUUGAGCCCUUCCCCCCCCACACACACACGUGUGUGCGCACAUGACAGGCCACCCCCACUGGCACAGUGAGGCCCUGGGGAGGGUGGGUGGUGAUCUGGGAAAGGACAAGGGACACUACCAUUGUCAUGGGGAGCGUUACUGAGAAGCUUGCAAAGCAGAGCAUUUCCUGGGGUCUGAGUGCUUGGUGCAGGCAAAGCGCAAACUUAGGGAGCGUCAGAACAGAGACCGUGCCAGUGGCUUCUUGGGAGCGGGAAACUGACCGCUGUCCUGAAGAUGCCCCCCGUGGGUGAGCCAGAGGCACCCAGACUGAUACAGACUCCGUACAGUCACCUUUGCCAGCUUCUGUUCAAACUCAGUUCAACAUGAACGUCACACGGAAGGUCAUGGGGGGAGGUCCCUUUCACCAUACAGUACACACUCACAAGACGCGCACACACAUGCGCAUGUGAGUGUGUAAAUAGGAGCCAGAGAGUACGGUAUUUAGUGGGAACCAGCGCCGUGGGCUGUCCCCCACUUGGCGUGGGCACUAUUCACAGCUUACCAGGAUUUCAGUGAAGUUUUAUUCUAAAUGUGUCCCAAUCACCAGCAGCCCUGGAUUAUAGCCGCCUGUUUUCCAACUAGAUCAUUUAAAAUAAAUAGGAACUGUGCCCCUAAAUAUCUAAACUAAAAUGGGGAAAAGACAUAACUUUUGAAGCCUUGAAAUCCGUUCCCUGGGGGCCUGCAGGCUGUCUGGAGUUUCCAGUUUUUUACAGGUGGAAUAUCCAGUCGAUCGGGGUGAUUAAUCACCUGAACAGAAUAACGGCAGUAAAACCCCUUCCUCUCCCCAAAAAAGUGAAUGCUUAGGAUCCCUCCCCCGCCCCACUGGCCCAGGCCAGCAUCAGCAGGCCCCCUGAGGGGGCAGCUGAGAACUGUGCGGGCCUCACGGAGGGCAGCUCAGGCCCCCCCGGGGACCAGGCCACCUAGAACGGGGAGGGUGAGACCAGUGUUCCCAGCCGCAGCUGUGCUGCCCCCCAGGCUGCACCCCAGGAUCCAGGAGCAGCUGCCACAUGACGGAAGUGGAGUUCAGAUGCUCAGUGUCCCAUCCGAGGGAGCGCAAGUAGACCCUGCCAGUCUUCCCCGAAGAACAGCACCCAGCAAGCUUCAGAAUGCUCCGUGGGUGCCAACAGAGAACGGACUGACCUCCCAGCUGGUUUGUGUUGCACCCUGGCCAGGAUCAGCUCCUAGACUUAAACUCCAGGCAGAGGGUUUCUGUGUACACGUUGACACGGAAAAACACGGAUCACUUUUUGUCCCAUUGCCACAUCCGUAGACGAGUACUUUCUACUUUGUUCACUUUUAAGUUUUAGGAAGUCUGCCUUUAUGCAUUUUGAUCCUUUACAUCCUUUCUUCACCCUUUUGGAAAGGCAUCUUCCCAGUGUUGGGGUGUUGGGACCAGUCAGGGCUCUGUGUCAGAAAAUUAACCAGCCCGUCCUCAACGACCACACAGAGCGGUUGCACCUGCUUCCUACACGUCUCUGGGACCAUCGUCUUUUCUACUCGAAUCAUCUCAAAAAUGGCUUCCAUUCUCCAUCUAGUCUCUGUAAAUGACACGACAGAUGGUUUAUAGACUCGUCAACCACCUUCUGCAUCGAAAUUCUACACGUGUGAUGUGCCGCGUAUCACCUAUGAUGUAAAGGGACAGGACGGGUGGUGGAGAGAUUAUGGGAGGGUAUGGACAACAGAUAUUUUUGUAUGUAACCCACGCAAUACCCCGAGGCGCUGAGAGGUGUGCUGGAAUAAAUACAUUUUACAGUCAAAGCAUGCAACGCUGUAGCUUUUAAAUGUACAGGCCUUCCGCUCAAAAAUAUCUAAGCCCAAGGUGGGGAAAGCACCGAGCACUGGGUGAGGGCGCGGCUCGAGGCGGCAUCACUGAUGGAAUCUGCCAGAAUAUUUUGAUCUUACUCUUCAUUACUUUUGGAUUUUUUUCCUCUUUUUUUCCCCUGGAAAUAUUUCAGAAAUAAAGUGACUACAUUUCCCAGCAUAAGGGUAUAUUCUAACCACAGGGUAACUCAUCAUUUUUAACAUGAAAAUAAACAUUUAAACAUUCUUCCGUGGCUUCAUUAUUUUAUGCACAUAGUCCCUUUUCAAUUUUAGCCUCUGUAUGAUUUUACUAUAUAGUCUAUUUUUUCUUCUUUGCCAGAUAUUUUUAAUACCUCCGAUACAGCAAUAAAUGGAAACCAAAAGAAAAUGUUUAUAAAUGGUUGCAAACAACUUUCACCUUGGAAAGCUUCUCAUUUGCUUUCCCAGCUGGGCGACACUUAUUCCAGGAUGUCUCUGAGGGAGGGCUCCUCACACCCACAUCCCCGUCCAGGGCCCACCGUCUUGGGCUCCGGACUGACCUGCAGGAUGCAAUGACCCUCGGCCUCAGCCUCCCUUGUCAAUGGUUCGCUCGUGUGUAUGUAUCUGGGGCAGGGGUGUAGACACAAGAAAAACACAAGCGUGCCGGGCUCCUGCCUGGGAGGCCGACUUGGUGUUUGAGCUGCCCGCCGGCCAGGCGCUGCCCAGCUCCCACACGUCCCCCGCCGGCAUGCGUGCCCUUCCCACACUGCCAGCAUCGUCUCUGGCAUUUUGGCAAAUGUCUCUCCUUGCUUUCAGGAUGGGGCAGUAACUUGACAUGUCACAGUAAAUGCUCCCUACCGAGUAAGCUCUGCAGGGUAGCAGGCUUCAGAUGAGCUCCCAGGUGUGGAGGAUUUCCCACACUCUGGAUGGAUGCUUCCCACCAACCAACUCCUCCUUGUCCCUGUCCUUGGAACAUAGGACAGAGCCACGGACCCAGGAGGCUUUCCCCAGGUCCCUGUGUGUGCGCACGUAGUCAGUAAAGUUGGUUUCUAAAAGAGAAGGGGGAAAGUAGCUUGAAAAAAGAAGGUUUGUAAAAGAAUGAAUCUGUUACAUUUAGAUUUUUUGAGUGUGUGCAAAAUGCAAACCCCCACAUUUCACAUUUUGGGAGUAUUAGACUCCUUCAUGCCUUUAGUUUCUCUACGGUUUUACACAAUUUAGACCAGUUACGGAGGGUUUUUUUGUUGCUUGCUUUUAGAAAUUUUAAAAAGUACAAGAAAGUGCAGAAGCAUUGUACCCUGGGUGACAAUGUUUAUAGACUCUUCUAUGAGUCAAGGUGAGCAGGACACUGUCACUUUCCAGAUGACAACUUUCUCCUUGGAAAGCUUCUCACUGCCGCAGUCCAAGAAGGUCAUCAUGUCAUCUAAACUAGACAAUCUUCACAUUCCAUGAGAUGCCUUUAUGAUUCCUUUGGCUUUAAUUAUUGCUCUCGGUCAGUCAAGAUGAAACUUUUUAAUUUUAUCUUAAGGAUUGAAAUCUCUAGAUACUACAGAAGCCAAGAGGACAGAUGAUUUUUUUUUUCUUAUGCAUCUGCACUGCCCGUUGGAAUAAUGCACUUUACAGAGAGAUGGAUGUUGCUCUGGAAUUCAGGGUCCAUGUGAUAGUGACCUCUUUACCCAUUCAAAAAUGGUCCUUCUCUAGGCUUAAAUCACUAUUGACCUGACUCUUCUUUCUUUUCUUCCUUUGGCCAAAGAGCAUGAACCACUUUCUAGUUCCUAUAACAAGGUUGGAACUAAAAUAAUCUGCCACUUGCAGAUGACCUCCUUUGUAGGAAUUUGACUCGCUGAAUGAAAUAACACCAAUGCCAGUGUAGACACUGCCCAUGUAAUGUAGUUUCCUCACUUAGAGAUGCUUCCUCAGAGAGUGUGCCUUGUUUUCUUUGUCAUAACCACUGUAGAAUCUGUUUUAUCUGGGUAAGUUCCCACUUCUGGCAAACAUGCUCUAAUCCCAUGAAUAUUUUAGGCCGACAAGGAGCACCCACUAGGCAUUGAUAAGCACACUCUCCAGAGUUCUCAGCACUGUAUUCCACUCUCCUGGUCAUGCAUUUCUACUGGGCACAUCUGUAAACUUGUGUUGGGCCUUUUACUGUUUCAAUUGCUCUGGUGCAGUAAAUUGCUUACCACUGCCACAAAAGAUGCCCACAUCCCCAAGGAUGCCAAGACUGGCCAAGGGAGGGACCAAAGUGCUUCCUCUUGGCACCGACCACCGAGUGAGUGACCUUUCCUAUAGUUGUCCUCCACUGGGAGCCUUAUUUUGAACAUCAGUUUAAAAUUCAACUCAGAUUCCAUGAAUGAAUCUGUUGCUCGACCCCCCUGACAGCUGGUGUUCUAGGCAUGGUCGUGGGUUUAAGCAAAUGCCAAAACUAUGAAAGGCAGGAGCCGAGACAUAGAGAAUUAAGUAAUAAGUGAUCACACCAGUUGGCUGAAAGACAACUGUGAAUAACAAUGGGUAUCCUACGGCAGAUCCAUGCUCUUGGUAGGGGGUCACAUAUGUCUCUCUGUGGCAGACGAUUCUUACAAUGCUGCUUAUCUAUGCCAUGUGUCUAAAGAGCAUGCUGUUUGCUCACAAUUUAAAUCUGUAUCCCUGCUGUCAGUUCCCCCAUCCCAGGCUCUUCUAAGGCAGGUGGAUCUGAUCUGGGCUGCAGAGUGCCAUGAAUGGCAAACCCACACAGCCCACUUCUGGGUGGCUUCAGGGCAACAGCAGGGGAUAUAUUUUGUCUGACAUUUGAAAAAACGGUGUCAUCCCCUAUUUUCUAUUUUUCUGAGUUGGGUUCUUGUUGCCUGGUACACGCCCGAUAUUAUAAACAGAGCAUGCUGUGAUAACAUUGUGCUUCUAUAUACUUUUUCAGUUGUAUGAUGUCUUUCUCAUAUUACCCAUGGUUUUCAGUAUGAUCUGUUGUAUAUGUUCCUCAGUAUAUUUAACAUAUCUGUAAAGGCACUUCCAAACAUUUUGAAAAUGAAGAAAUAAAACGUGUUGGAUGA